GGGAGAGAGAGAGAGAGAAAUCAGACCCUAAAGGAAGAGGGGAAAGGGAGUGGAAAGCACCACUCAGGAGUGAUCUUUGCUAUUUAUCUCAUGGAUUUUACAAACUAAACCACCUCCCCCCCCCAGAGGCAAACUUUUAUCAUGAGUUUGCUGAAGCCUGAGCUGCAGGGCUGCCCUCUAGCCAAGUGAUCAGAGCUUUGCGGGGCAGGCACUUUCCCCCUCUCCAGCUGUCUUUCAUGGUAAAGUAUUUAUUCCUGCUCAGCAGCCCCGUGGAUCUCUUCAUCUCCCCUCCGUGCAGGAGAGAUGCGCGCCGCGUGGCCCGGGCAGCCUGCCUCCCGGCUGCUGGUCCUCUCCUGCUUGUGGCUGCGCUGCAUCCUGGCGGACUUCACCUUGGACAAUGAGGUGCACUCCAGCUUCAUCCACCGGCGGCUGCGGAGCCAGGAGCGCCGGGAGAUGCAGCGGGAGAUCCUCUCCAUCCUGGGCUUGCCGCACCGGCCCCGGCCCCAUCUGCACGGCAAGCAGAACUCAGCCCCCAUGUUCAUGCUGGAUCUCUACAAUGCCAUGUCGGUGGAGGAGGCGGCGGGGGCGGCGGGGGAGGAGGGAGAGGGCUUCUCCUACCCUUACAAGCCCAUCUUCAGCACCCAGGGCCCCCCCCUGGCCAGCCUGCAGGACAGCAACUUCCUCACCGAGGCAGACAUGGUCAUGAGCUUCGUGAACCUGGUGGAGCAUGACAGAGAGUUCCAUCAUCAGCGCUGUCACUAUCGGGAGUUCAGGUUUGAUCUCUCCAGGAUCCCGGAGGGGGAAGCUGUGACUGCUGCUGAAUUCAGGAUAUACAAGGAUUACAUCCGCGAACGCUUUGAUAAUGAGACAUUCCAGAUCAGUGUCUACCAGGUACUUCAGGAACACCCAGGCAGGGAUUCAGAUCUGUUCCUGCUUGACUCUCGAACAAUCUGGGCUGCAGAAGAAGGCUGGCUGGUGUUUGAUAUCACAGCAACCAGUAAUCACUGGGUGGUAAACCCACAACACAACCUUGGCCUGCAGCUAUCGGUUGAGAGUAUAGAUGGACAAAGCAUCAAUCCCAAGUUGGCUGGUCUUAUUGGAAGACAUGGCCCACAAAAUAAGCAGCCUUUUACAGUAGCGUUCUUCAAAGCCACAGAGGUUCAUCUCCGCAGCAUUCGUUCCACUGGAGGCAAACAAAGGAGCCAGAAUCGAUCAAAAGCACCAAAGAACCAGGAAGCUUUUCGGGUGUCUAACGUUGCAGAAAACAGCAGCAGUGAUCAGAGGCAAGCCUGUAAAAAACACGAGCUGUACGUCAGCUUCCGGGAUCUCGGAUGGCAGGACUGGAUAAUUGCUCCGGAGGGCUAUGCAGCUUAUUACUGUGAAGGAGAAUGUGCCUUCCCACUGAACUCAUACAUGAAUGCAACAAACCAUGCUAUUGUGCAGACACUGGUUCACUUUAUAAACCCAGAGACCGUGCCGAAGCCCUGCUGUGCUCCUACACAACUCAAUGCCAUCUCAGUGCUCUAUUUUGAUGACAGCUCCAACGUUAUCUUAAAAAAAUACAGGAACAUGGUAGUACGGGCCUGCGGCUGCCAUUAGGUUUGCAGGAAAGAAAAAGAGUGAUUUGUAAUGAGGGUUUUUUUAAUAUGGAUUUGCAAAGCAAAAAGUUUAGGUCUCCAGCCUCGGAUUGCUGUAAAAACAGUUUGCAGGCAUCGUGCUUCUGACAGGGCAGAAUCGGCAGGAGAUAAUAGGACAAAUUCUGGAUCCAGGUGACAUCUGAACCGAUUUUGAGCCAACGGGAAAACCAGUCUGCCUAAAACAAUUGGUUACAAACACCACGUACUGCUGCAGAGGAGCCUUUCGGAAGAUGACUAACUCACCAGCGUUCAUUAUAAACAUCUCUUUUAAACAAAUCUAUCUGUGGUGCGAGUGCGUGCAAAGUAAUAAGCAUUUUUAGUUCUUGUAACAUGUUGUUCACAAUAAAAAUGAGUGAAUGAAACAUACCUGGAGAAACAGAUAUUUUGUUAGAGAAUUAACUCCAUCCUUUUUGCUUAUGCCCUCUUCAUAAGCAGAGGCAAAGACUAAACACGUGGAACUUCCAGUAUUAAAUUUUGCACUAGCAGAACCUAUAUUCUGGAAGAAGUGACUCAAAAGGACAAAUGCAUCUAGAAACCUCACUGUAGGAACUGAAAGAAAUAAACUCCAAAGAAUAAAAGAUUGGAUUGAUGUUGAAUUUUGGUGUUAGAGGGCAAACAGAUCUCUUUUGGCUACCAGCAGGAACCUGAAUUUGCAAUGGACUGAGAUGGCUAAGAAUAACAUUUUCAAAAAAUAGGAAAUAAUUUGGAAACAUAUAACCCAGCUCUUAAGGUGGGCGUCUCCAAUAGUUACACUAUUAUGAAAGGCAAGCCAAAAAUCCUGCUCCCAUAUGGAAAACAUCCAUUGAUCUCAGGGUGCGCUAAAUAAAGCCCCAAAAAUGUUGCAGAUCUGUAGGCCAAAGAAGUGCGGAAAGCCCAAAGUGUGAUGCUGGAUCUGGAGCUGGCAUCUGGAGGAUUGAGUCCUGAAUCUUUCUUGUGGACUAGACCAGACAGUUUCCUGGGUCAGUAUUUUCUGUGCGAUGCUUAUUUUAUUGCCAGUUUCAAAGCAUCUAAACCAGGCUACAGGAACUAGCGUCCAGAAGGCAUCCUCCUGGUUGAUCUUUUUUAAGUCAGAGGUCACAAAAGCUAUCAAAUUUCUGUAAUUAAAGUUAAAUUAAAGCUACUGUGGCAGAAGGGUGGAUGGGAGCUCCUACCAUUGAGCCCAAUCACAAAUUGGGCUGGCUGGAAGUGCUUUUGUGUUCUUGGAGCUUGCGUAGAUGGCCAAAACUUGAACUUCAUCAGGAAAAAAAAAGUUCUUUCCAAUAAAAUACCAGGCUUUUUGCCUGCCUGCUUAGCCUCCCAUUUUGAAACUGCUAGGCAGAUCUACAAAAACAAUGCAAGGGAGAGGCAAGGAUUCUUGUGAGUGAUAUCUUUUAUUGGACCAGCUGCAUAAGGGAGACACAUUUUUUUUUUAAUCCCUGGGCUUGAUUCUCUCUUCAGAUUGAUUUUUUGUCUCAGUAUAACUGCAGCCCACACAGGAGGGAUUCCUAAUUUAUUCUCAUGUUGUCCAACUCAGACUCAGACCCCGUAUCUUUCAUUACCAAGGAACUAUUAAGGGAAGAGAGAUGAAGGACCUUGUGGGGUUCUGCGAAUCACUCAUUGCUCUCUUCCCUCUAAACCACAAUUAAAAUCCAGACCAGAUGCUUUGCUUAACAACAACAACACCACCACCAACAAAAGGGCAGCUUUGUAGGAGACAAGCUGGGAGUUUGUUUCUUGUGUCCCAGUUCUCUUUUCUAAUUCUGUUAAGGUCAAUAACGGUUUUAUCAGCGAUUUCCAGUGGUAGCAGGAUUAAGGGAAGACCAGAGGCACCAUGCAUACGUAUAAAUACGAACCAAGAGCCUGCAGGCCUAAUUCAGCUCUGGCAUAUAUAAUCUGUGCCAUUAAAAUGAACACAGCUAUACCUUACUGAAAUCCGAAUCAGACUUUAUAGUUACUAAGUCAAAUCCUAGGAGGGUAGUCUUUCAGCCUGCAUCGCAAUAGCCUUAGACAAACCAUCUCUGAGAAAUGUCGGACUGCAGCUGCCUUCCGUGCAUCCAUCAUUUUAAAUGUAAAAUGCAAAAAGUCAUGCGAAUUGUAGUAUUUGUGCACGUCCCCCCAUGCAGUGUGCUUUUAGGUGUCUCUAAACCUUGUAUGGGAAGCUAAGGUGCUGGCUAUGAAGUUAACAUUGGAUGUUUAGGGCGGGUUAUUAUUUUAUGUGGGCAAGGAUGAGUAUUGUCCUUUGUGUCCAAUGCUGGCAGCCAGCGGACUGGCACAGUCCAGUUUCAGAGCUGACCACCCUUUCUUCUUGUGUUUGACUCUUAGAUGUUCUGCAGGGUUUGGUUUUGUUUUUUAACUCGAUGACAGAAUCUGUUGCUAGGCUGUACGUUGGCUCUGUUUGUUUGUACAUUUUUAUGUAAAUAGUUGUCACAAACGUGGAAAAAGAAUUAUUUAUUUCCAUCAUCUCUGAAUUCCUUUUCAGUCACGCAUUCAGGAAAAUUCUCAUCUCUUAAAACACAUUUGUUUCCUUAUUUAAGAUGAUAUUUAUUAACAGUUGGCAAAAUCUAUGUAUACAUUUCUGGUUCUUUUCAUAGAGCAGUUAGAAGCAUUUUGUACAAACUAGUGAAAUAAAUCAUUGUGACUCUACAAAAGAUAUUCCAACAA